GCCGAGUACUGGUCAUGAGCUGGAAUUGUGGUGGCCUGUCCAGCCCCCUAUGGGACGAGCUCCUUCUCUACUUGGAGAACCUCGAUGCGGCCCGUAGGUGGAAGGUGAUCACAUCCCCAGCCACGGACAAUCAAUCCGCAGGAGUCCUUACCCUGCUGGAUAGUGAGUGGUGCGGAGACGGGCAAGUUCUCCACUCGGACCCCGUUCCAGGACGCCUUCUACAUGUUCAGCUGCAGAAGAAGGACUGGACAUUAGAUGUUUAUAACCUCUACCAGCGCCAAGCAGGACAAGGAAGCGCCAAAGCAGAGGAAGUCCGAGCCCUCCGGCAAAAGGUCUGGAAGGCCCUCGACACCGAAAUGGCCCGAGCCCCGGGCAGACAUACCACCCUGGUGACCGGCGACUUCAACUGCACGCUCCGGGAGUGUGCCUGCGCAGGCCCCCUUGUUGCGAAAGGGAGUCACAAGCCACCACCUGACCAGGCCACGCUGACGCGCGUUCUCGAAGACCAUAAACUGAUCCAAAUUAACUCCUGGCACCGCCGUGCAGGCGCCGCUUUCCAUCAUCACCAGGGGCAGGCCCUUCUGGACCAUGUCCUGAUGCGCCAGGUACAGUGCGACCAACUCGCGAAGCGGGCCAGACCUAUCCGCACCACCCUUGCGGCCUGGAGACAGGGAAGCUACCAUCUCCCGCUCCUAGGCAGCAUACCGCUGCAGCGCUUCCAAAGCCUGAACCGCCCUAAGCCUGUCCGAAGAACAUGGAAUCAUUGGGAGCUCAUCAGAUGCAGCAAGCACCCGCAUCUGCCCCAAAUACAGCAGUAUCGAGAAGCUGUCAUGUCGGGUCUGCCCGAGGCCAAGAGCAUAGAGGAGUUGAACCAACUUCUCUGCCAGUGCGCGGCACGGAUCUUUCCCCCGGCAGAUAAGCCUCAAAGACUUGCCGCCUGGCAGACGCCGGCCAUGGCCAUCGGCAUCCGAGGCAUGUGGACAGCGUACGCCCAGUGGAAGAACCAAGCCCAACGAGGCACGAGAGCCGUCCUGUCUGCAUGGCGAAGCUACUCCAAGUUUCGGAAGGCACAAAAGGACUUCAAGUGGGCAGGCAAACAGGCUCGCAAACAAUGGUUCACAGAUCGGCUUCAAGACCUGACACAGGCCGCCGCCAGCAAGGACCUCCGCGCCCUCUAUGCGGGGGUCAGAAACAUCGCCCCUAAGAAGCGGAGGGGAGAAAUUCAACUUAAAGACGAGAAAGGCCUCCUUCAGUCUGCCGAAGUUCAGCUUCGUCAGCUGCAACAGCACUACAAGCAAUUGUACACGCGGGAUCCUCAGCGCCCGCCGCCUUGCCCUGAGUCCGAAGUUCGAAUUCAGGUAGAUGAAGCUGAAGUCUACCAGGCCCUCUCCAGCCUUGUCGCGCACAAAGCUACCCCCCCUCAUUUAGCCUCAACUGCGAUGUGGCGCAGCUGCGCGGACAUCCUGGCCCCGGCCCUGACCACGUGGACGAGCCGCCUCCAGGCCGUGCCGGCCUUAUGGAAGGAUGCCUGGUUAGUCUUGAUACCGAAAAAGGCGUACCUGCAGAAGGUGCCUCAAUAUGCUUACCUUCAGGAGAAGCAUACAGGGGCCUAUGCCGGAUGUCAACUUUCGUUGGACCUAUCAAGCGCGUUCGAUUUGGUUGAUUGGAGCCUGCUGCAGGACUCGCUCGAGGACGCGGAAGCUCCGCACCUCCGUCGCGGCCACACGCGGACUACGCCAAGGCGUCUGGAGGCAAUCCUCGACCCGCAGUGGCUUGCACAAGGUGCGACCACUUUCGCGGAUGAUUAUUUGCUUCAGGAUACCGCAGUGUCAUACCGAGAACUUGAGCGUGCACAUCAUCGCUUCGCCUCGGUCUUGGAUGCGCUCAUUGACCAUGGAAUGAAGAUCAAUACCCAGAAGUCAGCGUUCCUGAUGCGAUACAGAGGCCACUUCGCGCGCAAAUGGCUGAAACAGCAUCUAAUCCGUACUUCGGAGGGGGACGCCAUCCGGAUCCGCACUCCCAAGGCUCGACUGUUUGAAUUCCCGCUGAAAGACAAACAUGUCUACCUGGGAGUUGUCAUCGGCUAUCACUCGCCGUCCAAACAAACGGUCACCCACCGUCUACAGGAGGCCAAUGGCACGUGGCAGCGCCUUCGGAAGGUAUUGUGCUCGCAAUCCUCCCUCCCCACACAGGAGCGGGUUAAACUUUGGCAGUCCACCGUCCUGCCGACCAUGCUCUACGGCGUGGCAGCCUCAUCACCAGGACAUAAGGACAUCCAACGCAUGCAGCACGUAGCCACAAGACACCUUCGGGCCAUCACCAGAUCGUUUGCCCACUUGAGCAAGGAACCUACCGCCAAGCUGCUUGCCAGGAUUGGGGUCCAGCCCCUUCAGCUCAGGCUGGCCACCGAAGCCGCGACACUGUGCAACACCCUUCUCAGCUUGCAGAACCAGCUCCACCCACUGGCGACUGAGGUCAGGGACAUGGUCCGAGAGACGGCCGCCUCUCUGCAGGCCAAAUGCAUGGUAACUGGGGAAGAGGCGGAGCAUGCGGAUGCCACCGGUCUGGAUGCAUACACCUGUCAGGACUGUGGGGAGCACUUUCGGCUUGCCAAUCUGCGCCUUCUGCCGCCACGACUUCAGACGGUGGCACAAUCUUUCUCAGCAUAUCCGAUGGCACAGAUGCCACGCCUGGAGAUGGUCCCGGCCUCAUCUUCCCCGCCACUCAUCCAGUGGCAGCUAGUUGCCCAUGCUCUGGCCAAAGGCGCAUGGACUACACUACUGAACCAGCCCUCGGUCCAGGAGUAUCUUAAGCAUAGGACCGACAUUGGUUUCAGUGCCCUGUUCUUAGUAUCUGCGCCUACCUGCAGAUUCGCCAUGACUCCGCCACCUCAAGUGGACAUGGACCUGGAUCUCCAAGAGACCCAGUUCUUCCAGAGAUUCUCCAACAAGAGAGGAUCGGAGCUGAAGGUGGAGGAGAGUCAGAAAAGCCAGAGAACGGAAGCAGGCAGAGAGCCAAAAGGCAAGGGGAAGGGCAAAAGCAAGGGGAAGGCGGGGGGCAAAGGCAAGGGAAAGGGCAAGCAAUUGCCCAAACCGACAUGGUCCAGCCAAUGGGAGGACUACGCCGAUGGUUACGGCCAGCACGGCACCCCGUGGAUAGGCUCGCACGACAACCGGCCGGAGGAGCACAUGCAUUACCACCUCAGGAAGCUCACCCAGGUGGUUCUCAGGCAGGAGCGCACCCUGGCUUCGGUUCGCCAGGACCUGGUCAUGCACCUCUUCGUGAAGACGGGGGAGGAAAGCGGGAAUAUAAUCCCCACACUCUUCAAAGCAGCGGAGGUGUGGAGAGAGAUGAAGGAGCAAGAGCCGGCCAAGAUCCAGUACUCCCUAAAGAUCAUGUUGUUCAAACAGCUGCUCAUGAGCCUCCACGAACGACUCCAAGAGACGGCUGCAAAUCAGGAAGCCAUGAAGGCGGCCAGGGACCUGAACUGGAUCGACAGCCACCAGCAGUGGCAAGUCCUACGCUGGUGUGCCGAGACCCAGCAGCUCAAGCUCGUACCACAGGCGGCUACCAAGUCUACCGAGGACCUACUCAGGCAGCUUGUGGAGAUCCGGAAGAACGUGACGGAGGAGACAUUGCACCACUUCAAGAGCGUCCGCAAGCUGGUGCCCAAUCCGACAACGCAGUGGGUACAGUUCCAGGUAGAGGUCUCCCUCAGGCCGGGCGGCCACCCGAUAUGGGCCAUCCUUCAGGAGUGGGUGGGCAUGGCGGCGUGGCACACAAUCGGUUGCCGACUCCGUCGAGAUCGCCCGGGCUACGACAACGCGAUCGACGAGCUUUACCAGCUGAACCGGUGGUAA